CGAGUCCCAGGCUUCCCGGCGCCGCGGCCGCCAGAGCUGCGCGGAGGUCUUGGCCCGAGAGGAGCCGCGGCGCGGUCCCCGCGCGGAGAGGCGCCGGCCCAUGUGUCCUCGCUGGGAUCGGGAUUCCAGCCCGGGAGCAGUCUCGUAGCUCGAUCACCCGGCAAGAGAAAUUGUAAGCAGACAAGAAGAACGCAUUCGGCUUGGGACUCCAUUUGCAGCUGGAAAUGGGGAAUGGACUGUCAGACCAGACUUCCAUCCUGUCCAGCCUGCCGUCCCUUCGGUCCUUUCAUAUUGUGAUUCUGGGUCUGGACUGCGCCGGGAAGACAACAGUUUUAUACAGGCUGCAGUUCAAUGAAUUUGUAAAUACCGUACCUACCAAAGGAUUUAACACUGAGAAAAUUAAGGUAACCUUGGGCAAUUCCAAGACCGUCACUUUUCACUUCUGGGAUGUAGGUGGUCAAGAGAAACUAAGGCCACUGUGGAAGUCGUAUACCCGAUGCACAGAUGGCAUCGUGUUUGUGGUGGACUCUGUUGAUGUGGAGAGAAUGGAAGAAGCCAAAACUGAACUUCAUAAAAUAACUAGGAUAUCAGAAAAUCAAGGGGUCCCUGUGCUUAUAGUCGCUAACAAGCAAGACCUGAGGAACUCACUGUCUCUCUCAGAAAUUGAGAAGUUGUUAGCCAUGGGUGAACUGAGCUCAUCGACCCCUUGGCAUUUGCAGCCCACCUGUGCAAUCAUAGGAGACGGACUAAAGGAAGGACUUGAGAAACUACAUGAUAUGAUAAUUAAAAGAAGAAAAAUGUUGCGGCAACAGAAAAAGAAGAGAUGAGUGGCAAUCAGUGCCUUUUAUAUCGGUGUGGAAUAGUUUUCCCUGGGCUGAUUUGAUGAGUUGAAGAGUGUCUGCAGCCUGGUUUUCCUGCCUGCCUGCCCUCCUGGAUGCUGUUAAAGCUUUGUUUUGUUGAACAGUCAGAUGCCAACUCUGUUGCCUUGGCGAAGAUGAGUAACUGCAAUGCUUCUCGAAGUGGUCUCUCCUCCUGACCCACAGGUCUUGUGGUACUACCAUUUUGGGGAGCCAGAAAAGGAUAGUCAUUGACCAGAAAACAAUUUUGUGGAAAUAUUUGACCUGAAGUUAGUGAAAUAAAACUUUGAAGAGUGUA